CUAUAAAACUUGAAUUGAGAUUAAAUUUCAAAAUAACCAGUUGAAUUAUGAGGCAGAAGACGGAGAAUGUUUUUAAUAAUCUGUGUAUGUACUGCCUGCUACAGAAAGACGAACCCAUGCCUAGUCUGCAUAGAAACAGAGGGACAAACAGAUGGAUAUGGUUAAAUCGAUUCGACUGUGUCGUGAAUAUCUUCUGCAGUGCGUUACACACUUAAUGACAAUACUCAACUACCCUCUCGAAAGGGUAUAUUAAUUGCGACGCGGCGCUGCUGCUGCUGCUGUCUCAGCUGCCGACAGUCAGUCGAACCCCAGCGGGCAGAUUGUGCGCAGCCUGUAAGCCAAAGCCAAGGUAUAGAACAAAUAGUUAUCCGAAACACAAUGUCAACGCAUGAACAGGGCUUACCGGUGGGCGCAGUGUCGCGUUCGCAUCAGUAUCGCAAGGUCAUGAAGCCGCUGCUCGAGCGCAAGCGGCGAGCGCGUAUCAACAGAUACCUGGACGAACUGAAGCAGCUCAUAGUGGAGGUUGUGCAAUUGGAUGAGGAGACGCUGUCCAAGCUGGAAAAGGCUGACAUACUGGAGCUGACUGUGCAUCAUCUACACAGACAGCUCAAGGCCGCUAUCAUCCCCAGGCAGAGUGAGGGGCCUAUCCACUUGGAGACAUGGCACAGCUUUCAGCACUUUGCAUUUGGAUCUCAACAGUGCAUUCUAGAGGUGGUACGAUUUUUACAUCCUCAUGACAUGCAGCUCAAUAGCAAGUUCCUAAGGGCUAUGCAGCAGCUGAUGCCAGCUAGACCAGAAAGUUUUUGGCGACCCUGGUAGAUGGAUACUGGAAGAGAUGGAAUAUGUUCAACAUAAGUUGGUAUUUACAAAUAUUUAAAUAUUAUACAAAUAUA